AACAGCCGAUACUCAGCACCUCCCAGAUCACAACAUGGCUGACGCAUUUGACAAGUCGUUCAUAUGCGGCCCGUCAACGAGAAGCUGCAUCACAAAUCCUGGCUUUUCUGCGGUCGCCUCUCAACCCACCCAUCGCCGAAACGUCCUUUGAAAUAGGCAAGGCGGAAACCCUAAAAAUCAUGCUCCUUCUGCGUUCAGGCAUGCAUCACGUCGACGUAAAAGAGGCCACUCUUCUUUUACUGGCCACCAUCAUUCGUGGUUCUUCUCCCGCAACAGCGGCAAGGACAGCGGCGCUGCUCGCCGCUGGUGCGUACAGCAAGAUCAUAUCAAUUGCCGCAGAUACACGCGACGGCCCAGAUCCGCAAAUUGCUGGGUUACGAUUCUUCUCAGAAUAUUUGAAUGAGGGCGGCGAGACAGCUGCUCGAAAAUUCUGCGGAUAUGCUGAAGGUGAUGCCGGCUCGGUCACUGGCAUGGACAUAUGCAUUCGAUCUCUACAAGCGGAGGGGGGGAACGUUCGACUUCAGUAUUGGGCUGGAGAGUGUUUGAAGAAAGCCGCUAUCUGUACGGAUAUGCGACCCCUAAUGUUAGAUGCGGGCAUUCUGAAACCUCUGGCUACAUAUAUGAAGUUGAUCUGCUCUGACGGCUCUUCAGUUCUCCAGCAGAGUUUGCUUGAUUAUCACACUUUGCUCUUCGAAAGCGUCGCUUGUCUCCUGAAACUGAUAACCACCCACUCUGAAGAGGCAAAAUUGCUGUUGGUCUCGGAAGGGGUCAUCCCAUCUAUUGUAUGGUUGCUACGACAAGAGGGGCGCAACAGCCAAAAGUUGGAGGCGAUUUACGCGUUCGCGAAUGUUGUCAUAACGCCAUCCAGAGAAGCUGAAGAAGCUAUACCGCUUCUACUGCAAGUCGCGGCGGAAAGCACCGAUGCAUUUGAAGAAGCGGCCCUACGAGCACUCCGUAAUGCCCUUGCACGGACAGGAGAAGGGGUCAGACGACGAUUUGUAACAGAAGGAGGUGUUGCCAUUCUAGGAAAACAGUUGGGACGAACCGACCUUCAAAUAGUGCAACAUAGCAUUGCCGGCUUACGGAAUGUAGCGCUGUUAGAUGUUCCACUCGAAGCCCGGCAUCAAGUAGCGAAAUUCUGUCCAGAUUUUCUUCAUCUUCUCAGUCACAAAGAUAAAACCGCCCCAGCAUGGAAGAUCCAUCUCUCGAUAACCCACCACGCCCUUUGCACCAUUUGUAAUCUCGCCGUAACAGAUACUAUUGCCCAAGAUAUCUCAAUAACAGGCCGAUCAACACUUUUCUCACACAUUUAUCGUAUCAUCUUCGACCGGGAUAUUCCCGAUACACCGUUUCGACUGGACGCACUAGCAUGUCUCCGGAAUCUUUGCAUAGACGAAGACUCUUGUCUUCUCAUUGCAAGUAUGGGUGUGCCCAAGCUCUUUGAACUCCUCUUCACAGGCUCACCAUUCCUCCGCGCGGAAGCCAUGGCAGUCCUACGCAAUCUCAUCCUCCAAAAUCGAUACUGUUUCGAUGAAUUUUUCCAAGUGGAUGGUUUCAUCGACGAACUGGUGGCAGAUCUUUCAUCGCAGUACACUUCAACCCUCCAGCGUUGCGCGGUAGAUAUUAUCCAUUGUUAUUUGACCAAAGGAGAUACCGCACAUAAACGCACGUUUUACGAUGCUGACUGUCUUCCUGCGCUCCUUCUUCCAAUGGAAGCCGACAACGAGAACAAAGAUGUUGCUGUUGUUUGCUUCAGAAUUUUGCAGGACUAUGAGCGGAGGGCUGUGUUGGAAUCCAGGGAUCACUGGACGCGGAUUUGGGUAGACUGGAAAGCUGAGGAUGCAGAGAGGAAAAAUGCUAAGAAAGAGAAGAAGGCUAAGGACCGAGAAGAGCGGGAUCGGAGACGAAUGAGCCGAAAGCGUGCAAAAAAGGAUUCACGGCAAGACAAACCCUUUUUUGUCAAGAAUACUCAAAACAAGGAGGAUGCCAACUUGAGCGUAUCGACUCUAGGCAAAAACAAGCAUCCCACCGCUGCGUCCUACAGACGACCAAAUUCAGCACCACAUGGAAUCUUGAAAUACAGAGCUGCACUGUCAUCAGAUGAGAAAUACUCGCCUGCAACGAGUACUGUUGAAGUGAAAAAGCGGGUGGUGACAUUCAGAUAGCAUAAGUCAACCAGGUGCAAAUAGAUAUGUGAAUAGGGAUGCAAUGAGUAUUCCAUGUAUACCGCGCUCUGCGCAUUACGAC